UACUAGACACAUUGGAAACAUCGCAGUAAGUCUGUCCUGAAUAAAAGUACACAGACAGAAAGUCGACAGCUUGUUUGCCUUUAAGCUCUAAGAUUCCUGCAUGCAUAGAAAGGCUCAAAAAGGCAAAUGCUAACUUAUUUCCCGUGACACCUGCAUUAAUCACACACAGGUGGACUUCCUACAUACAUAUAAGCCCUUCUUCUUAUUAGUGUGAUUAUACAGUAACACUGUUCAGAAUGCUUGUAACAUUGUAACAAGAGCAUGUAGUUGUCAGCUCUUGAUGUAGCCCCUGUAAUUGAUUGUUUCUUUGGCACCUAGGGGAGGGGUAAGUAUCCCAGAAGCUGAGGCAGUUGCAGAGGCAGCCCCAGUAACCGACCUAUUAGGAAGUAUCCUGUCAGGACAGAGCAUGCUACUGAUGGAUAGUUCUGAUGUUUUGAUCAACAGAGAUGGAUCUUUGAAAGCCAAAAAUCCUGUUGUUACAUCUUUAACUACAUCUUUAAACAGAAAUAGUUCUCGAGAUGGAGAGACAUCAAUAGAAAUUUACAGUGGACAUUCAUCUCUCUCAGGAACAAGUGCCUUUAGCUCCAGAGGAGAAACUCAGAUGCUAGACCUUGAUGUCAAUUCAGGAUCAUCUACGUCUAGCUUAUUUGGCUCUAUUGGUGCUUCUGGCUGUCACUCCUUACCAUCAACACCAAAACCAUCUUCCCAGCCAGAACAUUUGUUCAGUUCAAGGCCAACCAAGUCAGUAACUGUAUAUGUUAGGCCAAAGACUUCAGUGACUCCAAGACCUAAUAUGUCACACAGCAUUGCAGAUUCUCAUGGUACUGCUUUAAAAACAGGAGGGAACAGUAUAAAAAAUGCUAGUGCAUUAAGAGCAAUGUCCACUAUGCAAUCUUCUUCAAAGAACACAAAUGGUAACUCUGAAUUGCAUUCAAAAAGUAGCGCCGGUGCCAUCAGAAGGAAUCCUCUAAAACCUGUUUGGUUUGAUGUGUCUGAACUUCCUAGAAUACCAAAGAUUAAAAGAGACAAUGCUAGAGACUCACAGCCAAGUGAUAGUAAAAAUAACGGCAUACCUGAUUCGUGCAUGAACAGAUUGAUGGGUAAUAGAGAUUGUGAUAAGACAGCAGACCAAGGAUCAUUAAGAGGUGAUCAGAGUAAAAGUGAGACCAAUGAAAGACAAAGACAUGGUCCUGGAGGAUCCACAUCUACCACUUUCGGUGGCUAUGCAGGGUCAGUGUCUUACAGUUCCCAGGGAAGUACAGGUUCUUCAACUGUGAGCUUUAGGAUAAAUACAAGUGGAAAUUUGUGGCAUUAUAGGAGACAUGCUAACACUGGUGCUUUCAGUAACCCUUUAAAAUAUGCAGAUGACUCCCAACAAAACUCUAGUAAAGAAAAAUGUAAUUUAUUCCCUUCACAUUCAGAGAAAAAAGAAAAAUAUAUAAAAAAUGAAAUGUAUGAUCCUUUUCAGCCCACUUGCUCUGAUUCUAGUUCUUCUGGUAGCAUCUGUGAUAUAUUUCAGAGCCCUUCCUCAGAAAGUGAAACAAUCAGCCGUGGUGUUCAAGGCUCAAUAUCUCAGGAGGAAGAAUUACAAAUUGCAAGCUCAUUAGCUUCCAGACACAUUGGUAAUGUUGAAGAACUUCAAGUUAAAGAUAAGGAUUUGGAAGGAGGAUCAGAUUUAGAGGAACAUGAUGUAUUACCUUGCACUGAUGCUUCUAUGUCAUCUGGAGAUGGUGUAAAAAAGGAACAUGUCUGUCUGGGGUCAAGUAAUGACCCUUUACCAGUUGGAGGUAAGGGUGAUACAAGUGACAAAGCCAAUUCGACAGAUGAUGAUCCAUUUAGUAAAAUGUCAAGUACAGUACAUCAAAAGGAAGCACAUUCGCACUCACAAUCCAGCUCAACAUCAAGUUCUAGAAGUGAAAAAAACAACAGGAAGAACCCUGUCUGUGAAGAACGAAAGUCUAGUGCAACUUCAAGGUUGGGCUUGCAAUCUGAUCAUAGCAGGAGUUCUUCAUCCGGGGUCUCUGAGAAAUGGAAGAAGAGGAGGCAUUCUUGCUCCAGCAGUCCUGAAAGAGUAGAAAAGAAAAAGCCUAUGCAUGGAAGAAGCUAUGAAAGAUAUAAUAGUAAAGAGAGGGGGUCAAGAUUAAAGGACAGAAAACAAAGGAGAUCCAGGUCAAGAUCAAGGUCUAGGGAGAGAAAGAAUGGGAGGUCAAGGUCACAAUCCUCACCAAGAUCUAAAGUGCAAGGAAGGUCAAGAUCAAAAGAGAGAAUGCAGAGGUCUAGAUCACGAUCCAUAGAAAAGAAAUGUGCAGACAGUGGAGAUUUGUUGCUGUUUGUACAGAGGAAGGGAGAGAGAAGCUUGCAAAAGGCAAGCAAGUCUUCUGCAUUGCCUUCCACCCAAAAAGUUGGGACAUCUUUGAGGGUGGUUGUGAAGGAUGCACCAGACAUCUCAAAAUCUGCACCCCAAAUCACGGAAAGUUGCAUUAAAGAUAGUGUUGGUCUAGAGUCAGAGGUUAAAUCUGAGCUUGUGUGGUCUGAGGAAACUAUUUUAUGUGAGAACCAGGUCUCAGAUAAAAUAAAUGUUGAUAUUGUUUGCACUCACACUGUAACUAAAGACAAAACUAGUGAGUUAAAAAUAGGUAGUGUAACCCAAGAAGCUUUCCAAAAACUGGAAUCCUUUGGGAAAGUAAAGAUUGAAGAAAUAAAGUUGGAAGGCGAUGUCCUCAAUAUCCUUGAUUUCAUAAAAAGUAAUGUACCAAAAAUGACAAAUUCCAGUGUAAGAUCAGAGGAACCGGAGUUGAAAGUGAAGCAGGAAGCAGUCAAGCCUGAGUCAGAACCAUCUGCAGUGGUUGCUGGCUCCAAAUCCGAGGAUCUUGUCAAGAGAGUGACCUGGAAUCUGCAAGAAGUGGAUCAGUCAUCAUCUGAAAAGACUGCAAAAAUUCCGCUCUAUAAAAUGCAAAGAAGAAGCAAGGAAGGCACCUGGAAGGUACCGGAUCCCAGCCAGGCGCAGUUAAAUGAACCUCCUACAUCCAGUUACAUGGUUCCUCAACCAAUGUUUUCCAGUGUUGAUCCUUCACAGGUUGGUGCCUGCACCCAGAUUUGUUCAAAAGCAUCGUGGAUUAUCUCAACUCAUCUUAUUUGUAACUGCCCUGUAACCAUGUCCAUAUAUACCUUCUGUUUAUAAAAUGUUUCAUUGACAUU